CGUUGAUUCAGGCAAAGACUGUAGAACCUGCCUAAACAUAUGUAUAAAAGUGAGAAGAACACACUGUUUGUCCCAAAUCUUCUCUCGUCUACCAUCUCUGCUAUUCCUUGUCCUGUUCAAAAACAGCGUGACCAUGGCAGUGUGGCUCCAGGCUGGUGCUCUGUUGUUCCUGUUGGCUGUCUCCAGUGUGAAUGCUAAUCCAGGGGCCCCGCAGCACCUAUGUGGAUCUCAUCUAGUCGAUGCCCUCUACCUGGUCUGUGGUCCAACAGGCUUCUUCUACAACCCCAAAAGAGAUGUUGUUGACCCUCUUCUGGGUUUCCUUCCUCCAAAAUCUCCCCAGGAAACUGAGGUGGCCGACUUUGCAUUUAAAGAUCAUGCCGAGCUGAUAAGGAAGAGAAGCAUUAAUGAGGAGUGUUGCCACAAACCCUGCAGUAUCUUUGAACUGCAGAAUUACUGUAACUAAAGAUCCUGCGCAUGUCCUGUGAUAACUGCCAAUGACUUCACCAGCUGUUUGCACAGGUCUUAAUGCUCUUGAUUUUUUUUUUCUUAGAAAAUAAAAUUUUGUCAAAUGAG